AUGACGGAAAGUACGGUACAAACACGGGUGGCAUCGCUCAUGUUUACCACCUAUUUCCAGCUCAGUUUUCCUCCAUUGGAAGUGGAAGUGAACUUGAAAAGGGCGUGACUUCAAGGAAAGAUUGUACCAAUGCACUGCUGUGACAGCAAGUGUCCAACACUUCGUCUCCUUACCCUGAUCUGAACCCCAACCAUCGUCGAGCAUCAAUAUCGAGCCCCCUGACCCCCCACCCCAACAAAAUGACAGUCGGGAUGAGAGGCAGCCCCACAGGGGGCGGGGACUCAGGGUCAGAGGGGACUCCUGCCACAGAGACCAAUCCCCACCAACAGAACCAGCCGCAGACCCUGGGGCAGCAGUCGCAACCGGUGACGCCACCCAGCCCUCAGCAGCCCCCUGCCCAGGGAGGCAGUGGCGACAGCGACUUGGAGGUGGAUUUGGAAGAGCCGGAGUUCCCCUUGGACGAGCUGAGCCGACUAGACGACAUGAUCAACAAACCACGGUGGGUGGUGCCGGUCCUACCCAAGGGGGAACUGGAGGUCCUGCUGGACGCCGCGAUAUACCUUUGCAAGAAGGGUGCUGAUGUCCGCAGCGAGCCUUGCCAGCGAUUUUUCCGAGAUGGCCUCACAACGUCCUUCACCAAAAUCCUCACAGAUGAGGCCGUGAGCGGCUGGAAGUUCGAAAUCCAUCGGUGCAUUAUGAAGAACACAGACCGACUGAUCGAGCUGUGUAUAGUCAAGCUAGAACAGGACUGGUUUCCACUUCUUGAUCUUCUCGCAAUGGCCCUCAACCCUCUGUGCAAGUUCCAUGUUUACAAUGGCACACGCCAAUCAGAAUCUGUCCCACAAGGGUCACAGAUAAACAGCAAUGAGUUAUAUGCAAGGCCCCCCGAUCUCAGAACACCCAAGGGCUGGCUGGUGGAUCUGAUCAACCGGUUUGGCUCCCUCCAAGGUUUUGACAUCCUCAAGAAGCGGUUUCUGAGUGACACCCAGCCCCUAAACGUACCCAUCAUCCAUGCUCUCAUCAGGCCAUGGGGACAGUGCUAUGAACUGCUGACAUCACAUAUCAUCCAGAGCCACUUCAUGCCGGUCGUGGAGCGAAUUGUGAGCUACUUGGACAAUCUAACGGAUGAGGAGUUGAAGAAAGAGUCCAAGAACGAAGCCAAAAACGACGCCCUCACCUCCAUCAUCAAGUCUCUGAAGAACUUGGUAUCGAGAAUACCCAACCAGGAAGAAAAGAUCAAAAAUCUGGAGAUGUUCCGCUUGAAGAUGAUUCUGAGACUUCUGCAGAUCUCCUCCUUCAACGGCAAGAUGAACGCCUUGAAUGAAGUCAACAAGGUCAUAGCCAGCGUGUCGUACUACACCCACAAGCACAGCGGCAUGGAGGAGGAGGAGUGGCUAACAGCGGAGAGGAUGGCCGAAUGGAUUCAGGAAAACCAAGUGCUUUCAAUUGUGCUGAGGGAUAGUCUACAUCAACCCCAGUAUGUAGAGAAGUUGGAGAAAAUCCUGAGGUUCGUCAUCAAGGAAAAGGCGCUGACGAUGGAGGACCUAGAUAAUAUAUGGGCCGCCCAGGUUGGAAAACAUGAAGCUAUUGUUAAAAAUGUCCACGACCUUCUUGCCAAGCUAGCCUGGGACUUCUCUCCCGAGCAGCUAGACCAUCUGUUUGACUGUUUCCAGGAGAGCUGGUCCACGGCAUCCACCAAGCAGCGGGAGAAGCUACUGGAGCUGAUCCGUCGCCUGGCGGAGGACGACAAAGACGGCGUGAUGGCCCACAAGGUUCUCGGACUGCUAUGGGCGCUGGCCCAUCAGCAGGACGUGCCCACGGACAUCAUGGACCAGGCCCUGCACGCGCACACCAAGAUCCUGGAUUACAGCUGCUCCCAGGACCGAGAUGCCCAGAAAAUUCGCUGGAUUGACCGAUUUGUGGAGGAACUGCGGACAGACAAGUGGGUCAUCCCGGCCUUGAAGCAGAUCAAGGAAAUCUGUUGUCUGUUUGGAGAGGCUCCGCAGAACUACACUCAUGCCCAGCGCUGCCCCCACGUGCAGUACCGCCACGACGUCAUCAACAUGCUGCAGCAAAAGCACUCCCUAGUCACCCUGGUGGCGGAGAAUCUCUCCAGCUACAUGAACCAGGCCAGGCAGAUAGCCAAAGAAAAUCCAGAUCUUGACCCUCAUGAUGUCACCUCGGAGAAUAGAUACAGCCAUGUACAGCAAGUCCAAGAGCGACUCAACUUCCUAAGAUUUCUGUUGAAAGAUGGACAACUAUGGCUCUGUGCACCUCAGGCAAAACAGAUCUGGAAUUGUCUUGCAGAGAACUCCGUGUAUGUCAGUGACAGAGAAGCCUGCUUCAAGUGGUUUUCCAAGUUGAUGGGAGACGAACCAGACCUAGACCCGGAGAUCAACAAGGACUUCUUUGAAAACAACAUCCUGCAGCUGGAGCCCUCGCUGCUUACUGAGAACGGCAUCAAGUGCUUUGACCGGUUCUUCAAGGCGGUCAACUCCAAGGAAGGCAAGCUGGUGCCCAAGCGCCGCAACUACCUGAUGGACGACCUGGAGCUGAUUGGCCAGGACUACCUGUGGCGGGUGGUACUGUGCGGCUCGGACGAGAUCGCCAACCGGGCCAUUGACUUGCUGAAGGAGAUUAACACCAACCUGGGGCCCCGGCUGCAAGCCAACCAGGUGGACAUCCACGAGGACUUCAUCCAGUCCUGCAUGGACCGGCUCAAGGCCAUGUACGACACGCUGCGCAUCCUGCAGGAGGACAAGGACGGGCCGGACAAGGUCCAGCAGGAAGCCGUGCGCAUGACCCGCGUCCUGACGGUGCUGAGGGAGUACAUCAGCGAGUACGACCUGGAGUACACGGAGGAAAGGACCAUCUUACCCAUGGCCAGAGCACACCGAGGCAAGCACGUCACGUUACUAGUGCGAUUUCCCAACCAGGGUCGUCAGGUAGAGGACAUUGAUAUCUGGUCUCACACCAAUGAAUCGCUGGCGUCCGUCCGCAGACAGAUUCUACAGAGAGUCAAAGCUAAUACGGCUACCACCAGGGUGGACCUGUACGUCAACGGAGAGCUACUAGAUCCAACUGAGGACCGGAGGCUGGUGGGAAAGAUCCCCCUCCGAGACAAGACUUUGAUCACUGCCAAGCUCUGCCCAGUGGGGACCAACAUGCCCUCCUCUCCGGACAGUUCCUCCGAUUCGUCCACCGGCUCCCCGCACCACCCCAGCGAGGGACCCAACCUUGAGGCCGAAAAAUGCCUACCAGGAGUGCUCAUGUCCACCCAGCACAAGUACGCCGACUUCAUCUUUCACCUGGCCGACAUGGGCUGCUCUCUGGAGAUCAGCCCUCUACGGGACGGUGCCAGGGCACUCUUGAAAAUCAUCCCCGCUGACACCUCCACGGUGGACAUGCUGGCGGAGGUCUGCAGGAACAGCACCAAGCUCGGGGAUCAGUCGCCCUCACCAUCUCUAGAAUCCCUCUUCUUCGGUUCCUCCCAAUCGCAAGUACUGUACCACCUAGAGGUCCUGUAUGCACUACUGAUGCCGGCCAACAAUCCUCAUGGAGAAGCAGCGUUCGAGUUCCAGUACAAUUUCUUAAAGAGUGGUGGUGUGAUGUGUGUCAUGAACAUGCUGACCAAGAACAACUUUCUUCCAAAUGCUGACACAGACACACGAAGGCUUGCACUUCAGGUGGUCUUAAAGAUCGCCAAGCUGAUGCUGACCACAGUGGGCUACGCCAAGAUCGCUUUCGUCGCAGAUGCCUGCCAGCAGCAACAACAGCAGCAGCAGUCACCGGACGCCGCGGGCUCCCAGUCCCAACAGCAGCAGCACCCGCAGGUCUCGGCCACCGUCCACAACCAGGCUGUGGUGCUGCAGCACGCCAUGCAGCACAUCCCCAGCCCCAACGCCGAGUGCGUGCUGCGGAACGUGGCCGUCCGGCUGGGCAGGCAUGCGGCCGAAGGGGCGAAAGUGGACUCUCCGGAUCUGAGUGUUGUCAAAGCAGUGCAGAAGAUAGCCUGGUCAGCAGGAUGUGGCUGUCUACAUCUAUUGCACAGCUCCAAUGAGGAGGUUCACAAAGGCUAUGAAAAGGACAACGCCCGAAUUCCAGAGGGGGAGGACGUGGCCCUGUGCCGCGAAGCCCUGGAGGUGCUGUCGGUCUGCCUGGCCCUGUGCCCGGCCGCCCUGGACGCCCUGAACAAGGACAAGCCCUGGCAGUGCUUCAUCGUGGACCUGCUGCUCCUGGCCAAGAGCCGGCCGGUUCGCAUGGCCGCCAUGGACCAGUUCCUGCUGAUGGCCACCAAGUGCUCCAGCGGCCAGCGGCCCAUGUUUUUCUUCAUCACCCUGUGCUUCACCGUUCUACCGCAGAGCACAGCCAAGGAGCACUCCAAGCACUGCUCCGAGUACUUCUCUCUCCUCUGUCGCCUGCUCAACUACGCCUUUGCCACCAGCACUGCCAUGCCCAAUGCCGAGAUCCUGCUCAACAACGAGAUUGACUGGAUCAAGAAAAUCAGGGACCUGGUGCUGAGUACCGGUGAGAAUUACUGCGAGGAGGGGCUCCUGGAGGGCCACCUGGGCAUCACCAAGGAGCUGCUGGCAUUCAUGCUGUCAGAGAAGAAGUACCAAGUUGGCUCCAAGAAGGACGGCUGCCAACUCAUCAAGGAGCUCAUGGAAGACUUCCUGUUUCCGGCCUCCAAGAUCUUUGUGGAGACCCGCAAGAACGGGGCCGAGACCCCGCUGGACCCCAUCCGGCCAAUCUGCUUCACUCCGCCCACCACCAACGCAGCGUUUGACCUCCUGGUGGCGCUCUGCAACAACUGCGUGCCCAACCUGCGCAUGGUGGCCGACACGCUGACGGACAUGUACUACUCAGGCACGGAGGCCCCACUAACAGAGUGGGAAUACCUACCUCCAGUCGGCCCACGACCGAACAAUGGGUAUGUUGGAUUGAAGAACGCGGGAGCUACUUGCUACAUGAACUCCGUACUCCAACAGCUGUACAUGGUACCCGAUAUCCGAUUGGCCAUUCUCGCUUCGGAGGGCGGAGCCACAGACGGCGAUGACGACUUUUCUGGCGAUGAGAAACAGGACACAGAGACCAAUAUCGACGUCGGGGAUUCGGAGCACGGCGGAAGUCCGGAGGGUCAGACCAACUUGACCAAGCAGGAGGAGAGGAAGGAGUACAACCUCUGUCUCCUGAAGCAGGUCCAGGCCAUCUUCGGUCACCUCUCGGAGAGCAAGCUCCAGUACUACAUCCCCAGGGGCUUCUGGAAGCACUUCAAGCUUUGGGGGGAGCCAGUCAACCUCAGAGAGCAGCAUGACGCGCUGGAAUUCUUCAACAGUCUGGUGGACAGCCUGGACGAUGCACUCAAGGCCUUUGGAGCCAACGCUGUCUUUGCCAAAGUGAUGGGCGGUUCUUUUGCAGACCAGAAAAUCUGUAAAGAUUGCCCGCACAGGUAUUCCCGCGAGGAGUCUUUCACCACCCUGAACGUGGAUAUCCGCAAUCACCAGAACCUCAUUGACUCCCUAGAGCAGUACGUCAAGGGGGACCUGCUCGAGGGCGCCAACGCCUACCACUGCGAGAAAUGCAACAAAAAGGUUGAUACGGUCAAAAGGUUGUGCAUUAAGAAGCUACCUAGUGUGUUAGCAAUCCAGCUGAAACGGUUUGACUACGACUGGGAAAGGGAGUGUGCAAUAAAAUUCAACGACUAUUUUGAGUUUCCCCGCGAGUUCGACAUGGACCCGUACACCGUGGCUGGACUCGCCAAAAUUGAGGGUCAAGUGAUCCACGACGAACGGGAGAGCAGCGAUGAGAACGAAGAGGAGACGCCCCGCAGCACCAGGUACCGGCUGGUGGGCGUGGUGGUGCACAGCGGGCAGGCCAGCGGCGGCCACUACUACUCCUACAUCCUGCAGAGGAAUGACAGUAAUGGGAAAUGGUAUAAGUUCGACGACGGGGAAGUGACGGAGUGUCGUAUGGACGACGAUGAGGAAAUGAAGAACCAGUGCUUCGGAGGAGAGUACAUGGGAGAAGUCUUUGAUCACAUGCUCAAGAGGAUGUCUUACAGGAGACAGAAGCGCUGGUGGAAUGCCUACAUCCUGUUCUAUGAGCGCAUGGAUCCACCAAAGAAAGAUUUGGAAAAGUCCAUUGAGAACCUUACCAUCACUCCCAAGAUCCUACUGAAGAUGCCAGCCUCCAUCCAGCGUCGAGUCCGGCGCCAGAACAUCCAGUUCAUGCACAGCCGCAUGCAGUACAGCAUCGAGUAUUUCCUCUUCAUCCGCAAGCUGGUCACGUGCAACGCCACGCUCUUCAGCGUGCCCCAGGGACAGGAACAGCUGGGUCCUGAGGCAGAAGAGCUUGCCAUGAUUAGUAUUCAGCUCGCAUCCAGAUUCCUCUUCAGCGUAGGCUUUCACACCAAGAAGACACUACGGGGGCCAGCCACCGAGUGGUACGACGCACUCUAUGUUCUACUACGGAGCAGCAAAAAUGUACGCCGGUGGUUUGCCCAGAACGUCCUCUUUGCCCACACCUCGCGGUUCUCCGAGUACCUUCUAGAAUGCCCCAGCUCCGAGGUACGGAAUGCCUUUGCCAAGAUUAUAGUAAUUCUAGCUCACUUCUCACAGCAAGAUGGACCUUUCAGCCCAGCUGGUCAAGCCUCGGACUCCACCAGUACCCUGAGUGACUACCUGCUCCACGCCGUCCUGUCUCUCCUCAAGAAGGAAGUGUCGGAGCACGGCAGACACCUGACCCAGUACUUCCAUCUCUUCCAGAUGUACGCCAACCUCGGCAUCCCGGAGAGGACCCAGCUAUUGAAGUUGAAUGUCCCGGCUACUUUCAUGCUCGUAGCGUUGGACGAGGGGCCGGGACCGGCCAUCAAGUACCAGUACGCCGAGCUGGGCAAGCUCUAUUCGGUCGUCUCCCAGCUGGUCCGAUGCUGCGACGUGUCGUCUCUCUGCCAGUCCUCAGUGGUGGGUUGUGCGCCGAGAGAGAACCCCCACGGCGACAACGUCUGCAGCAAGCCCAUCAUGGUCAUCCAGCAGCAGGUGGCCGACCAGCUCUUCCUGAGAGGCGGCUACGUCAAGAAGCUCAUCGAAGACUGCAACAAUUCUGAUGAGACCACCAAACUUCUCAAGUUCUGCAGCUGGGAGAACCCCAAGUUCUCCUCCAUGGUCCUAGGCGAGCUCCUGUGGCAGGUGGCGUACUCCUACACCUACGAGCUCAGGCCCUACCUGGACCUACUCCUCCAGAUGCUGCUCCUGGAAGAUUCCUGGCAGAACCACCGCAUCCUCAAUGCUCUCAAAGGUAUUCCAGAUGAUCGGGACGGCCUGUUUGACACGAUCCAGCGCUCCAAGAACCAUUACCAGAAGCGUGCCUACCAGUGCAUCAAGUGCAUGGUGGCGCUCUUCACCAACUGCGAAGCGGCGGCCCGUCUGCUGGCGUCACAUGGCGACCUCAAGCGUAAGUGGAACUGGUCAGUGGAGUGGCUAGGCGACGAACUGGAAAGGAGGCCAUAUUCAGCCAAUGCCCAGUACACCUACAACAACUGGUCCCCGCCGGCCCAGUCCAACGAGACCUCCAACGGUUACUUCCUGGAACGCUCGCACAGCGCUCGCAUCACCCUAGCCAAAGCCUGCGAACUCUGCCCAGAUGAUGAGCCAGAGGAUUUAGAUGCCAUUGACGAGCAAGAAGGGUCCCCCCAGGACGACCCGCCGGUACCCAACUACCAGCAGCAUCUACCACACCUGCAGCAGCCCAAUAACCAGCAGAUUGCUUCACAGGUACCGGAAGAGGAAGGUUCGCCCCAGGAAGAUGCGCCCAUCACCAACAUCCAGCAGCAGAACAAACCACAGCCCCCGCCAAACAACCAACAGCACGUGACUGCGCAGAACAGCCAACUUCAGCCACAAGUGCCCAACAACCAGCAGCCGCCACCCUUCACCCAGAACCACCAAGCCAACCUCCACCGGCACCCCAACGCCAUCAACAACACCUUGCACAGCCCCCCGAACCCCCCGGCCCACAGGGGGGGAGGCCAGCAACAACAACAGCCACAACAACAGCCACAACAACAACAACAGCAACAGCAACAACCCCCACCACCGGGGGAGGAGGAGCUCUCCCAGGAACCCACCCACGACCCCGGUGACGGCUACCCUAACAACAAGGACAAGGAAGGUCAGUGAGACCCUCCGAGAGCUCCCUGGGAAGACCCUGUGACGUCACAGGUUUUGUCGACGGUCGCAGAAGUUCCCGAUCUGGCAGAAAAAUUGACUAAUUAGCAUUAAGCAGCAAAAUCCAGUGCCCUAGACAUUGCUUUCGUUUUCAUCAGACCCCUGAACCAAGAUCAAAUCACUGUGUUUGAUAGAGCAACUCCGGUAAAAAAAACAACCAAAAACAAAACAAAUGGCUCGUUGUAAACUUGAAGCCAGAUGAAAAGUAAGACUACACCCAGCACGCAAAUUCAAACAAGAAGUAACUGGUUUUUUUUGUAAGAAAUGCCAAAAAUUUUGAAUGCAGAAACUUAAAAUACAAAAAAAAAGCUGUGACGAGUGAUUGUGAACAGUUUGUGGGUAGUGCAAAUAUAUUUAUAUAUCUGAAACCUAAACAAAACUAUCUUUGUGAGAAACUUAAGUGCACUUUUUUUUUUCAAUUUUCACUGAAUGCCUGGGUUUUUAGUGUAAUGCCCACUCCAGCGAAUUAUAGCAAUGCUAAAAUCAAGUUGUGGCAGUCAGAGCGGCCUAAAUGUCGAAGACACUCAAAAACAGGAAAUUGAUUUGUCAUCGCAGAGUUUGAAAUGCUACAUUUGGCCCAGUGAACACAGGUUCUCCAGGUCCCUUCUUUCAAAGAACUUUGAAGAAUAUCGACACCUUUGGAAUGUUGUACAUAAUUCAGAUUAACGCUCUUCGUUUUCACCUUCCAGUUGGUCCAUUUUUGCCUGUCUGGAGAUUCUGAUACAGCAAAGGUAUUUUUUUAUGCCUGUUGGUGGAAUACUUGAAAUUAGAUGAGCAGUCCUUUGCUCCUUGUUUGUUUUAUUCCAAAAUAAUUUCAUUAAUAAGGUGUUUAUUUUUUGGCGGUGUCAAACAUGGCAUUAGUGAAGACAUACUUGCCAGAUUUGUAGGUUGUUAACCAUUUGGAUGAAAAAAAAAUAUUUUGUGUGCUCAGAAUGUGAUGACAGAAUUAUUCAGGAUUUUUUUAAAUGGAGCUUAGAAUGCUACGGCACAGUGGCAUUUUAGGUGUCGGACGCUUGCCAGGGUCCAUUUAUGAGCAAAAACUAUGAGCAAAAACGGAGCAUUAUCUUUAACAGGGAAAACAGACGUCCAAAUCCAUUCGCUUUGUCAGGUGUUCUCAGUUUUUGUUUGGUUAUGUUUUGUACUUAAGAUGAAUGACUUUGGCCAUGGCAGACAAAGUCCUUAUUCAUGUUUCUUGUCCGUUGACUUUUGUCUUGUGUGCUCGAAAUACUUGGUAAUUUUCCAGUACUUUGCUGAAGGGCUCGCCUGGGAUAUAAUUGUCAUUUUGAUAUUCAAUUUUUAAACACUGUUCCAGUGAAAAGAAAAGGCUUAUUGAACGAUAUGUAACUUCUGCGCGGUAACUUCUGGGGCAUAUCACAGAAGUGAGUUUUCCCUUUUUUUCCCUUGAGUGGUAGAAGUUUCUGCAGGUGAAGUUCUAUUCUGUAAAAUUCUCGUCUGGACAAUCCGAAGAAUGUGCAGAAUCUGUCACAAAAUUGAGAAAUUCUGGAUGGUGAAAUUCUUCAGACUGUAGAAGUUAUUUGUGACUGGCAGUCUCUAUACAUUUGAGUUCUGAUCUCGCUGUGUAUUUCCACAGCAUGGCUUCUAUGUUGUUGCCAUGGGUAUUUGGGAGGAGGGGUGAGUUACUGCAGGCUGGUCUGUCGUGUUUUAGGGCCCUUGUCUGUCUGAGGAAACUUUAAAGAUCCGCAGCUGCGCUCCUUUUGCCGGAUGAGCGAGUUGGGCGUUUCAAAACAGCAGAAUCGUUUGAGAAGAAAGCACGCGCGUAAGUCCACAGAGGGCCGCGUUGAUAGGACAGAUCGUGCAGGUGCAUCCGAAUGACCUGGGGACACGCUUCACUUUUGGCGGGUGCUGUUGGAAGACCAGACUGGCUCAGUCUGCACGCAGGCUGAUGGGUAGAAUACUUCUUGGGUUCAUGUCGAAACUUUGGUCUGCAUGGUAGUCUUCUUUGCAGGAGCUUUUUCGUACUUUCUCUGCCCUGCACACUUUCUUUCGUUACCGUAUGUAUUAUAAUCCUUCUUCAAGGUUUCAGAACACCUUUAGUCAUUUAAUACUAUUGUUAUGCUCAUUGCUUAUCAUUGCUUACCCAGAACACAGGCAUAGAGAAAGUUUGCUUGGUCUGCCAGAACUUUCUGUGUUAGAGUCACAUUCAGAUGAAAUCCACUGUAACAGUAACAACUGUGGGUUAAUUUUUACUCUGUCUAGAGAAAGUCUGUGGUCUGCAGUCCGGUGGCCUUGAAAAUGUCGGGCUGCAAAAACCAUUACCCUGCUGGUGGGAUUUUCUCGUACCCAUCUCCAGAAGAAUCUUUAUUUUCUGGUACAUCAUGAAUUAGAUUUGAUCGAUUGAGUUCAGUUAUACAAAAUGGUGAAUAUUGUAUGAUCUAUGCAGGGUUGUGUUUGGUUAUUAUUUUCUUCAGAGAUCAUUUCCAAUUUUUUUCCCUUUUCAUUUUGUGCUGUGUUUAUGUACAUUGGGGAAAGUACAUGAAGAGUUUUGCUCAAUUUGGCAUCUUAAUGAAACUGUUGGUUGCCAUGGCAACAUUCAGUUGAUCACACCAAAAUUUUUUAUAUGCAUUUAUUUAAGAGAGAUAAAUACUUUGUUUUGAGCGAAGUUUGUUAUCGUAACUAAAAAAAAAGAAGAAAAAACCCUUUGAUUUGGGUUCUGUACAUAAGUUUAAACAAAAUGGAAAUAACACAGCAAGUUAGUAAUGUUGUAUAUGUGUCAUUGUCAUACAAGUGUAGCCAGAAACAUAAUGUAAUCAUUAAGACUAGCCGCGCCCUCAAGUCGCACCGAGCUUUCGUAGUUUAAAACCUAGUUAGCCAAAACUGUUACUGGCUGUGUAAUUUAUAUUACAAGGAACACACAGGUUAUGAAGUGCAAAAAAGGACCAGUGAUUUCUGUGUAUAAAAAAAACGCGAACUACUGGUUGUUAUUUUAUUGGAAGCCUUAAUUGUUGAAGCUGGUGUUUUAUAGCAUAUUCUUAUGAUUCUUAAUAAUAGUAACAGGAAAAAAACGCACGGAUAUUUAAAAAAAAAUGUAAUUCAGAUCUAUAAAUUUCAGUUGGAUAAAAAGGAACCGCAGUAGUGAACCUGUGAUAAACGAAGACAAAUACGAACAAUGAUCUAUUGUUUUGAAAAAUGUACAUGUACAAUGGAGUAAUAAACAGCUGUGGAGCACGCGAUUUCCCUGCUCAA